AUGGUUGAUGAUAACAUCAGUGAUGAUGCCAAUAAAAAGUCGUUGGUGAUUUCAGACAAGAAAAUAGGAAGCAUGAACAAGAGGAAGUUAGUAUCUGAGCUUCCUCUAGGAACUCUUACUGAUUCACCAGUGUCAUGUCUAACGGAAUUUCCAAAAUAUGAAUUAUUUGAGGAAGCACCGAAAGAAAACACUAUUUUUGAGAUCGACCCAUUGAAGGGCGGGUGUCCUCAGUCUGAUGCGGAACAAGAGGUGGAAAUGCCACCAGAUGCAGAUUGGGAGGAUACUAUAACUACUCAACUUCUUGAGCUUUUAACCCAAAAUUUGUCCACAGUUUUCCAGAGUGCAGUCAAGAAGAUUGUCAAGUGUGGAUACAGUGAGGAAAUUGCUGAAUGGGUUAUCAUGAGGAGUGGUCUUUAUCAUGGAAGCAAAGACGCUAUCUCAAAUGUAGUUGAUGGUGCCUUGGCUUUAUUGAGUAGGGAAAAGGUUUUCGAUAUUGAUAGACCUGUUGUAUUUGAAGAUUUACCGAGCUUGGUUAAUUACACAUUGCUAGAGAUGAUAUGUGUGUUGAGAGAGGUUAAGCCAGCUUUGCCAGUUGUAGAAGCAUUGUGGUGGCUAUUAAUAUUGGACUUGAAUCCAAUACAUGCAUGUACAAUGGAAGGUUAUCAUCUGGUUGAGUUAUGCAGUCAAGAAAGUCUAGGUGAUAGCUCAUCUGGUUUGAAUCUUCCCCAAUCAAAGAUUGAGGCUUCCGAUAAUACUCAGUCAAACCUGAAUAAACAACAGUUGUCAAAACCUUUUACCCCAAUUGCUCAAACCUUGCAAUCCAAAGUUCAUAUUGCUAGUGCAUCCCCUCAAGAACCUGAGUCUAAAAAUUCAAAUGUUUGUCAAGCGGCAAAAGGAAAAGGAAGUUCCACACCUUUUCCAAAAGCAGAGGCUAAAUCGAAAGGAGCAGUUUUAGAAGAAAAAUCGGGGGCAGGUAAAAAUUCCCUAAAUUCCAAGAAGGAUUUGCGUAGGCGAAAGACAUAUCAGUUUGAGAAGAAGAACUGCAGAAGCCGUACAAAUAAGAAUAUUAAGGCAAACAUGACUGCCUGGGAAAGUUUGGUUUUGGACAAGAAUGUGAACUUAUCUUUUACUGGUGUAACCAAGAAGAGUUCACACUCCAAAGGAACAACUUGCAUUAAAUGCAAUCAACCUUUAGCAAAAGCAAGUUCUGAUAGUCCAUGCCCUUCCACAUCCAUUGCACCUGCAAGUGACACCUCCAAAGUACCACAUAUGCAAGAUAAUGUAAAUGAUAAGGAUCUGGAUUCGUUCGCCAUGGAGCUCAAGUCCAGCAAAAAGGCCCUAGACAACACAAUUAUUUCUUCUGCGGUGCCAGAUUAUUUUGUUGGUAUCCCAUAUGAUGAGUCUCUGGGGAAAUAUGUCCCUCAAAAUGAGAGAGAUGAAACUAUAAUGUUGCGAACUUCCCGUUUGAAAUCACUGCAGAAAGAGCUCCAAGGGUGGUCUGAUUGGGCAAAUGAGAAGGUAAUGCAGGCUACCUGGAGGCUUGGCAAGGACCAGGCUGAGCUUAAAAUGUUGAGGCAAGAAAAAAAAGAUGCUGAAAAAGUUCACCAGGAAAAGGAAAUGCCGGAGAAAGACACUAUGGAAAGGAUUAUGGAGAUGGAGAAAGCGCUGGUAAAUACUAAUUCCAUGAGUGAGAUAACUAAUUCUCUUCUUAACACUUUGGAGAUGGAUAAUGUUGGACUAAAAAAGGAUAUGGAGGCCUUAAUGCUCUCCACCGGUAAGCAUGCUAUGAACGUGAAUAAUGCUUUGGCAAAGGAGCAGGAGGCAAUAAAGAAGUGUCAAGCAGCGGAUAUGGAGAAGCACUCAUUUGAAGAGGGUUUAUCUACUAUCAAGCAGGAAAAAACUUCUUUACAACAGCAGCAAGAGAAAGCCAAUAGGGUUGUGGACCAGUUUAAGGUCCUAUUGAAGCAGGAGGAACGGGUGAAACAAAGGUUUCUACAACAAGUUGAUUCUCUGAAAGCUGAAAGAGAACAACUCCGUUUUCACGGAAAAGUGCAGCGAGAUAAUUUUAGAGAAAAGGUAGAGAGAAACAUGCAAAAGUAUAAAGAAGAUAUCCAAAAGUGUGAGAGUGAAAUCUCUCUGUUGAGAUUCCAAUCUGAAAGAUCAAAAAUAGAGGCACUUAAACGAGGCAUUCCACAAAUGACAAAGGGUUUAGCAGCCUAUGCAGAAAGUUAUGGCUCUAAUGUUCUAAAUGUGGAGAGGGAGUGUAUUAUGUGUAUGAAUGAGCAGAUAUCAGUGGUUUUUCUCCCUUGUGCUCAUCAAGUCCUUUGUGAAGAUUGCAAUGUGCUUCACCAAAAGAAAGGAAUGGAAAAAUGCCCUUUCUGUAGGACACCAAUUAAGGAGCGGAUUAGUGUCCACUUUCCUGAUUCAGAAUAG